CUAGCGCACGGGGUCGCUGGAUGGGCGAAUCCGUAGAACUAUUCGAGAGUCGCACCCGGCCCGCGCCUCUCGACACGACGACGACCGCGCGGCGCUUCACCGAGGAAGAGCGGCCCCCGUCCCCCCGCGACCUCUAUGAAGUCUUCCCGCCCUCCAACUCCUUCGACGACGAUGUCAUCUACAGCAUCCGCCCCACCUGGAAGCGCAACCUCCACUUUCUGCUUGAGCGCCCGACGACCAGCCAGGCGGCGUUCGUGGUCCAUGUGUUCACGACGUUCUUGAUCGUCGUGUCGGCGAUUGUCACGGUGCUGGAGACUGUCCCUGCGUUUCACUCGAUACCGUUGAGGAUAUGGUUUGGGAUGGAGACGACGCUUGUUGCGCUUUUCACUAUCGAGUAUAUUGCGCGCUGUGUGGCGUGGAGUUUCUCGUGGAAUGCGCUGUUUCAUUGGGUUAUUUCGUUCUAUGGAAUUAUCGACUUGUUGUCGGUCUUACCGUAUUAUAUCGAGCUUGCUCUUCAACAAGAUACUUCUGAAUUCUUUCGCUUCUCGAUUCUUCGAAUGUUCCGCCUCCUGCGCGUCUUUAGACCGUUCAGAUACAAUCAUACAAUCCUCAUGACCAUAGAAGUCAUGUACCUCUCCGUUCAGCGGUCCCAACAUGCUCUGUUAGCUAUUGGGUUCUUCGUAAUUAUGAUGUUGACGGUGUUUAGUACUUUACUGUAUUUCUCAGAGAGAGGAUCAUGGGAUGAUGUGUUGAAUACCUUUAUUAACUCUGAGGGUGACCCUUCGCAGUUCUCAUCUAUUCCAGCAGCCGCUUGGUUCGUCGUCGUCACAAUCACAACCGUCGGAUACGGCGAAAUUACACCGCGCUCCUUCCUCGGACGGUUAAUCACCAUCCCGAUUCUCGUAUUCGGCCUCUUGCUCAUCACGCUUCCAAGUUUCGUCCUCGGUCGUGAAUUCAGCUUGGUAUGGCACAGCAUGCAGAAAAAGAAACGGCGCGAAGCAGCGGGCGCCUCCACCUCCGACCCUCGCUCAGCCUCACGGGACUCCUCCGACGCCAUCCUCUUCGGACCCUACAACCCCGCCACGCCCUUCAUGUACCCACCCAUGCACAUCCCCAUCUCCUCCAGCGCCUCGCGCGACCUAACCAACAUGAAACUCGCACAGAAUCAGACAGAGUUGAGUCAUCAGAUUGACGAGUUGAAGGGGAUUGUAGAGGAGCAGGGCAAGUUGAUUGGGAGGUUGGUGGAUCUUUUGGAGGGGAGGGGGUAUAGCAGUGCUGUUAAUGGCAAGGGGAAGGAGAAGGAAAGGAUGGGGAGUUGA